GAAAGCUGCUCGUCACUCUCGAGUUUACCUGCUCCAGUCGGUGUGCAUAUUGAACGUAAGGGGUAACUGUGGCGGUUGAUGCUGUAAAUUAUUCACCGUACACCAGUUUUCAGUUAUCGUCCUACCGUUAAACAUGGCGUCCGUAGAAGUCCGCGCUGGGCAGCUGUCAGCGGCAGAGAAUCCGGUGAAGAUGCGAAAGCUCGCAGUGGUCGGUCCGAGGAGGAGACCUGCUCUCGGGGAGAUCACCAACUGUCCCGGAGCUGCGGUAAACACUAAGAGGGUAGGAGCAUCCAAAACGUCAUGUGCCCAAAAAGCCAAGCCCGUCGCAGCCCAGGUCCUAGUACCCGUAGAUCCUGUCCCUUCAGUUCCAGAACAGCCCGCCGACGUGUCCAUGAUGGAGGAGGAGCAACUUUGCCAGGCUUUCUCGGAAGCACUCCUCACUGUAGAGGAUGUGGAUGAGCAGGAUGCAGACCAGCCACAGCUCUGCUCAGAAUAUGUCAAAGACAUCUAUAGCUACCUGCACAUGCUUGAGGUGCAGCAAGCUGUACAUGCCAACUACAUGAAAGGUUAUGAGAUCACAGAACGCAUGCGAGCCCUUCUGAUUGACUGGCUGGUUCAGGUUCACUCCAGGUUCCAGCUGUUGCAAGAGACUCUAUACCUCACAGUUGCUGUUCUGGAUCGUUAUCUGCAGGUCCAGCCCGUGUCUCGCAGAAAGCUGCAACUCGUUGGUGUCACCGCCAUGCUGCUGGCCUGUAAAUACGAAGAGAUGUAUGCCCCUGAGGUCGGAGACUUUGCCUACAUUACAGACAAUGCUUUUACCAAGUCUCAGAUUCUGGAAAUGGAGCAGCUCAUUCUGAGAGGCCUCAAAUUUCAGCUGGGACGUCCUCUACCCCUGCAUUUCCUCCGACGAGCUUCGAAAGUGGCGAAUUCUGAUGUAGAGAGGCACACUCUGGCCAAGUAUCUGAUGGAGCUGACCCUCCUUGAUUACAACAUGGUUCAUUAUCGCCCGUCUGAGAUAGCUGCUGCAUCGUUGUGUCUCGCUCAGCAGCUGCUGGAUAAGCUACCAUGGUCUCCUGCACAGCAACACUACUCCACAUAUGACACCACUCACCUCAAGCCCAUCAUGCAGCACAUUGCCAAGAAUGUAGUCGCUGUGAAUGACGGGACAACAAAGUUCCAGGCUGUGAGAAACAAGUACUCUAGCAGCAAGCUGAUGAAGAUCAGCCUCAUUCCUCAGCUACGGUCAUCCAUCAUCAAGAACUUUGCAGCUCCUUUGCUCACCAAUCCCUGAGGAGAAAUUUGGACUUUGUCAAUUGACUUUUAUUUGCACUUUAUUUCAUCUUAAUCACAAUGUUGAUUUUUAAUAAAAUGUUUUUAAUUUUUCAUUUAUCCUUUUUGCGGUUUGUUCGGAAGUGGAACAGAACUCCAGUUCUCUUCUCCCAUGACACUUGAGUGCGUAGUGAAAGGAUUAGUUGCUUUCAGCCGAUACAACUUCAGGCUAGUAAUGGUACCAAAUGAUCAGCUGUUCACCUUUUUUGGUAUGUAGAGGUGUUGUAUCCUGAUGCCAUUUCUGGGGAUUUGUUUAUUGUCCCCCCCACCACUCUGGUACUGACUUAAAUAGUGUGGUCUGAGCUUCAUAAGAUUCCAGAACUGUUUUUCUGGCAGUAUUUUUGUAAUUGUCAACCCAAAGAGUGUAACUCUGGGCUGUUUUUUUUCACUGAGCAAAUAAUGGAUUGAUCUGUCCUGUUUGCCAGGAAAUGUCUCAAAUCUGUGCAAUUUAUUUUAAAAGAAAAUAAAGAACUCCGUUGGAGGGUAAUAUAAAA